AGGACAGCCAUGAUUUUUCAAAUAUGAUGGAGAGCGGCUCGGCAACCACAUCAGCCAUCUCUCUCAGAACCCUAGGAUGGAUAUCAUCUGGCCCAUCUGGCCCCAUCUGACAUCCAUAACUAGAUCAGGUUGCCCACGGCCUGAUCCAGCCUUGCCUUGAUAGACUGGUUUUGCUAUUGUGUUGCAUGUAAAUGAGUUCACUUUGUAUUUCUAGCAUGAUGACUUUGAGCUUUGUGCAGUACUUUGAGGAGUCAUUGAAUAGCCAUGAUUAGCACUAUCCCCCCACCUCCAUGACAACACUUCUGGCAAUUAAGAUAUUUCUUAAACAAUUUUAAUUUUCCAAGUUAAAACCAAUAAGGAUAUUGUCUAGCAUUGAUACUCCAAGUACACUUACAGUCAUAAAGUAAGUUCAGUACUGCUACUGUUGUGAAAUGCAUGCCAUCUUGGUAUCUUGUUGUUCACAGGGAGUUUUGCAUGUAGAUUUUGGGCUCAUGACUCAUGACUGGGAUUUGCUUCUUCUGUCUGCAGAAUGGCAAUUCCCUGUUUGCAGUGGUCAUAGCAGCUUAGACUUACUCUGUAGAUGGAGAUCUUCUUUCAAUCUGUGGAUAAAAAACUAUUGAUAGAAUUACUGGCCAUCUCUUGAGGUCAGAGGUGCUGUAGAAGAAGGGGACAACUUCUUGUAAGGAACAUUUGAAGACCCAUCCAGGACUGCACCGGGGAGCUCAAAUUACACUUGUUGAUGGCCACUUUGAGUCUCUUCUGUUUCUGAUGGGCUACAGGUAUCCUCCGCUGAGGACUGUGUGAACUGAGCCCAUAUCUUCCCCCUUCCUGAUCUUUCUUUUUUUUUUCCUAUGAGGUUCUUUUUCUUUUCCUCAUGAGUCUGCUACCCACCCUGCAUUCAUUUACUAGAGCAUAAAAAUUGCUCUGACUUCUUAUAAAACUCUACACAGAGAGAUUUUUUUAGUCUAAUGAUAUUCUUCAAAGCAGAGUUCAGUGCCUAUACAAGAACCCCAUCUCCACCUACCUUCAACAUAUACCUUGCAGGGGUCUACACACACUUGGAGAUCAUCCAAGUUGUUUGUCUGCUUCCACUGGGCUUUUUUAAACAACGUCCUUCUGUUUUCAUAUUUCCCACAUGUAAGUGCAAGUUAAUGAGGUGAGGAACUUUAAUCGUUGUCAGACACAGAUGAGUACCUUGAGUAGAAAAUAUUCUGCUUUUGCAGAUAGUAAGAAAUCAUAGAGAUAUUUAAUACAGCAUUGCAUCCAUGCCAGAACCUCUUUUUCCCUAAGUUUAGUUUGAUUUCAGGCAUAAAUAAUAAGAAAGAGCUAGAAUAGAUUUUAGACUAUGGAAAGAAUGAAAUUAGUGUUUCAUGAAAGGACAGCACUAAGGAGAUAUAAAAUUUAAAGUGAUAUCCUGAAUUCUGAUACAUGCUACAGUAGUCUCAGUGGUUACUUUAAAAGAAUGCCAGAAAUGAGUUGACUGUUAUAUUGACCCCUUAACCACAUGGUACGAUUUUUCAGAUAGCUUGUAAGAUUAUGCCUGAGCCACAAGGGAUACUCCUCAAUCAGUACAAUAAUUUCCUCCUUUUUCCCCACCAUGGGUAAAAGAAACUUCAGAAAUUGCCACGUAAAUUUUACCCUCUGACGAACCACUGAAAAAUUUUCCAGGACCAUGCUUUAAGAAAGACACUUUCGAGGGAUUCCCUCAACCAGCCCGAAGCAAAAUCUUAUCUGACACUAUCUUGGCUAAAUAUACACAGCCUAUGAUGACGAAAUAAAAAAUUUCAAGACCAGGUAUAAAUACCACUGACAGGCAGAUGAAGUUCAUUCGUCUACUUUCUUCUAAGAGAAGAUACAACUAUUAGAAGCUGAAGCUCACUGAGCUUAGAUCUGACAUCUCCCAGAAGUUAUCUGAGCAUUUGAACUGAGCCAUCACCAAGAAGAUGACUUGCCAGACUUACAACUUGUUUGUUCUGUCUGUCAUCAUGAUUUAUUUUGGACGUACUGCAAAUAGUCUAAAUCUUGCUCAACUUGAAGAUGAUAUAGACAAACUGAAAGCUGACUUUAACUCAAGUCAUUCAGAUGUAGCUGAUGGUGGACCUAUUUUUAUAGAGAAACUGAAGAACUGGACAGGGCAGAGUAAUGAAAAAAAGAUCAUACUGAGCCAGAUUGUUUCAAUGUACUUGGAAAUGUUUGAAAACACUGACCAGUCAAAGCCGCACAUCAAGCACAUAUCUGAGGAGCUCUGUACUCUGAGAGACAGCCUUUCUGAUGGUGUGAAGAAGGUGAAAGAUAUCAUGGACCUGGCAAAGCUUCAGAUGACUGACUUGAGAAUCCAGCGCAAAGCUGCGAAUGAGCUGUUCAUCGUCUUACAGAAGCUGGUGGAUCCUCCGAGUCUCAAAAGGAAAAGGAACCAGCCUCAGAGGAGAUGCAAUUGCUAAUGGCAUCUUAUGACCUUUUGUACUCAACUAUUUUAAAUUUUACAAUGCACGGUUUUUAUUUUUUUAUUUUUUUAUUUUUUUACUGAGCUUUUUAUACAUUUAUUUAUUAAUAUUUAAGUAUUUUAAAUAAGUAUUUAUAUUAAAUACAAACAAACAGUGAAAGUAUUUAUACCUCCUACUGCUAUAUAAGAAACGAUUUUGUCUUAAAAUCCUGUUUAUCUGUUAUAUGUUUGUUGACCUGAAAAUACAGACUGAGGUGAUGUUUACCAAGUUUCUGUGUGGAAAUACUGAAUUGUACUCAGGAAAACCCAUUCAUAUCUGCUUACCUCUAAGCAUAUCUAAAUCCAAAUCAAGGAAAUAAACAUGCUUAAAGGUGAGAAAAUGCUGAAGCACUUUUCUGAACUGGGAUCUGGGUGAUUUAUUGCUGAGAAUUAUUGUUAUGCACUGAAGUGACUGAGAGGCCAGGCUACUUGGCAGCUCCAAGAAAUGUGACAAACUCUAUUGCACUGACUUAACUUCAACUCACUUAUUAUGAACGUUUCUGUACUUUUUUUGUAUUGAAUCAUCUAAGUGUGUCUGACAUCAAUUUAUUUAUUUGGAAGUUGCAGUAUGGAAGAUUUUAUCUUAAGGACUAUAUUUUUGUACUUGAAUAUUAUUUAAAACUCUGGAUUUCACAAUGAAAGUUUUCUAAAAUUUGGAUGUUAAAUAAAGAAAAGAAUAAAUUAA